AUGGCGGCAGACUGGUGGUGGGCGCGCAGGGCUUGGGAGAAGUGGGCCGCGAAGCACGUCGGCCCCUCUGGGAAGCCAGUCCAGGCCGCACUGCUGCUCAACUACGACCCCUCCGGGCCAUCUCGGCUCCUUCCCGUCGUAGCAGAGCAAGAGAGAACACAACUUUCAGCUCUUGAUAUGCAUCCAUUCCUGGACUUUGUUAAGAGGGGCAAUCUGCAGACUGAAUUCUUCUCUGUUGGGCCAAACCAAUCCUAUGAUGCCAAUGCCAUCAGUACCGACAGCUUACUGCUGAGAUCGAAAAGCGCUAGUGAUGGACUUUACGAAUCGCUUGUGAUAGGCCUGAAUGUAGUAAUGAGGUGCAAUUCAAUUGUUGAACAAAGCAACGGGCGCAAUUCAAGUGUUGAAGGGGCAUAG